AUGAAGGUGAUCGGACUUUUGUUUUCUUUCGUUUUUUUUGCUAUAAAAUGCAAAUCUGAAACAAUUGAAGUUUAUAAUGAUAUCAUUCAAAAGUUAGAAAAAUUAGAAUCAUUGUCAGUAGAAGGAUUAGAACUAUUUCAAAAAAGUCAAGUAAUUAUAAAUGCAUCACCACCAAGUGAAACUAUUAAUCCAUUUUCAGAUAAUACCUUUGCACCAAAAUUACAAGGAUUUAUUACAAAAUUUGAAGAACUGGGAUUUACAGAACAAACAGAAUUAGUAAAUUUAAUAAAAACAUUAGUCCCCAAUAAAUAUGGACUAAAAUAUUUAAUUGAAAGUAAAGAAGAAUUUAAUGGAUUAAUGCACGCAAUAAAUUUUUAUUAUGAUGUAUUUAGAGACAAAUUAAAUGAUAUGUGUGCAAAUAAUUAUUGUGAAAUUCCUGAACAUCUUAAAAUUAGUGAAGAAGAAACAGAAAUGCUUAAAAAAGUAAUUUUAGGUUAUAGAAAACCAAUAGAAAAUAUUCAAGACGAUAUUGAAAAGUUAGAAAUUUACAUAACAAAAAAUAAAGAAACUGUUACAGCUUUAAACACUCUUAUUGCUGAAGAAACAAAAAAAAUAACACCUGAAAACGAAGCAGAUUGCAAUGACAAUACUUGUGAUGAAAGUAAAUAUAGUAAAAAAAAAAUAAUAUAUCAAGCUAUGUAUAAUGUUAUAUUUUACAAAAAGCAAUUAGCUGAAAUACAAAAGGUUAUUGAAACCUUAGAAAAACGAGUUUCUGCAUUAAAGAAAAAUGAUGUCAUAAAGCCAUUAUUGCAACAAAUUGAAGAUAUCAAGGCUGCCCCUGUUACUACCGAAGGACAAAUAACUACAUCAGGGCAAUCUAGUACAGAACCCGCUAGUACAGGAACACCUAGUUCAGGUGAAGUUAGUACAGGAACUAGUACAGGAGGAGCUAGUGCAGGCGUCACUAAUACAGGAGCAGCUACUACAGGAACUACUGGUACAGGAGCAGCUACUACAGGAACUACUGGUGCAGAAGCAGUUACUACAGGAAAUACUGGUGCAGAAGCAGCUACUACAGGAAAUACUAAUACAGAAGUAACUCAAGUGCAAACCGUUCCAACUCUUACACCAGAAGAAAAAAAGAAAAAAAUGGACGGACUUUAUGCUCAAAUUAAAGAAAUUGCAAAAACUAUAAAAUUCAACUUAGACGGAAUAUUUGUAAAUCCAAUCGAAUUAGAAUAUUUCAAAAAAGAAAAAAAAAAAGAAAGCUGCAAUUUAUCAACUUCAUCCUGUAAAAAAAAUAAAACAUCUGAAACUAUAAUACCAUUAAAUGUACGUUAUCCAAAUGGUAUUGGUUAUCCAUUACCUGAAAAUGAUGUUUACAAUAAAAUUGCUAAUAAUGCCGCUGAAACAACAUAUGGUGAUUUAACAAAUCCUGAUAAUACACCAAUAACAGAAGAUUUAGCUACAAAUGAACAAGCAAGAAAAAAUUUAAUAAAAGCUAUUAAAAAGAAAAUAGAAGCAGAAGAAAAAAACUUAGAAUCAUUAAAAACUAAUUAUGAUAAUAAACUUGCAUCAUUUAAUCAACAAAAAGCUCCAUUCAAAGAAGCAGCUAAACUAUUUUAUGAAUCAAAAUUUGGAAAUAAAUUGACUUCUGAUAUUUUUGAAAAAUUCAAAACACAAAGAACUGAAUAUAUGAACAAGAAAACCGAAUUAGAAAAUUGUUUAUAUGGAAAUACUAAACAGUUAAUUAGUAAAUUAAAUAAACAACUUAAUUACUUACAAGAUUAUUCAUUAAGAAAAGAUAUAAUUAGUGAUGAAAUUGAAUAUUUUUCAAAUAAAAAAAAAGGAUUACAAUAUAAUAUUAAUAGAUUAGCAGAAGCUGUUCAAGCAAAACAAAAUAUAUUAGUUGCAUCAAAAGAUGUACCACUUUCAACACUUGUAGAAUUACAAAUACAAAAAUCUUUAUUAACAAAACAAAUUGAGCAAUUAAAUAAAACUGAACUAUCUUUAAGAAAAGCUCAAUUAAAAGACAAAGUAUACGUUCCCAAAUCAUACGGUAAUGGUGGAAAACCAGAACCAUACUAUUUAAUAGCUGUAAAAAGGGAAGUUGACAGACUUGCCCAAUUUAUUCCAAAAAUCGAAAAUAUGAUUGCUAAAGAGAAGGAAAAAACGGAACAAGUGCCUGUAGUUACUGGAGAAUCUGAAGAAACAUCUAGCGUUAGUACUGAAGUAUCAGUACAAGCCUCAUCACAAUCUGGAACAUCUUCAACCGUACCAGCAGCGGGGGCAACAUCACCAACAGUAACCCCUGUCACAGAAGAAGCACAAUCCUCACAAAAUGCACCACCCACAACAGCAGCGACACCGGCAACAACACCAGAAGCAGCAACAACAGCAGCGACACCGGCAACAACACCAGAAGCAGCAACAACAUCAACGACAACAUCAACGACAACAUCAACGACAACAUCAACGACAACACCAGUUAUGACAAAAUUAUAUUAUCUUGAAAAAUUACAAAAGUUUUUAGUAUUUUCAUAUUCAUGCCAUAAAUAUCUUUUACUACAAAACUCUACCAUAAACAAAGAUGCUUUAAGCAAAUAUGCUCUUACAACUGAGGAAGAUAAAAUAAGAACAUUAAAGAGAUGCAGUGAAUUAGAUAUAUUAUUAGCUAUUCAAAAUAAUAUGCCUACUAUGUAUUCACUUUAUGAAAGUAUAGUUGAUGGUUUACAAAACAUUUAUGCUGAAUUAUAUGAAAAAGAAAUGAUGUAUCAUAUAUAUAAAUUAAAAGACGAAAAUCCAUCUAUUAAAUCUAUAUUGGUAAAAGCUGGCGUCAUUGAUCCAGAACCAGUAGCAUCACCACCAACACCACCAACACCACCAACACCACCAACACCACCAACACCACCAACACUACCAACAACCCCAACACCAGUAACUCCAGCAGCACCAUCCGAACAAACAACAACACCUGAAGCAGCAACAGCAGCAUCUAAUCCAGGCGCGUCAGCCUCAGAAACACCAGCAUCUAAUCCAGGCGCAUCAGCCUCAUCAACACCAUCAACACCAGCAGCAGCAUCUAACCCAGGCGCAUCAGCCUCAUCAACACCAUCAACAGCAUCUAACCCAAGCGCACCAGCCUCAUCAACAGUACAACCAACACAAGUACAACCGGCAGCACCAGCGGCACCAGCAGCAGUACCAGCACAACCAGCAAAUUCUAAUGGAAGUAUUACCACACGAGCAGAAAGUGAAGAAGAUAUUCCUGCCGAUGAUUUUGAAUUAGACAAUUUAUACAAAUCUUACUUGCAACGAAUUGAUGGAAAUAAUACUGAAUUCAUAAAUUUUAUAAAAUCUAAAAAAGAAUUAAUAAAAGCAUUAACACCUGAAAAAGUUAAUCAAUUAUAUCUUGAAAUCGCACACUUAAAGGAAUUAUCAGAGCAUUAUUAUGAUCGUUAUUAUAAAUAUAAAUUAAAAUUAGAAAGAUUAUAUGAAAAGCAUGAACAAAUUCAAGUAAGCAAUCGACAAAUUAGAGAACUUAGUAUAUUAAAAGCACGAUUAUUAAAAAGAAAACAAAAUAUUAAUGGAAUAUUUUAUAUAUUAAGUGGUUAUGUAAAUUUCUUUAACAAAAGAAGAGAAGCUGAUAAACAGUAUGUAGAUAAUGCAUUAAAAAAUAAUGAUAUGUUAUUGAAAUACUACAAAGCUCGUAUUAAAUACUUUACCUCUGAAGCUGUUCCUUUAAAAACAUUAACUAAAGCAUCACUUGACAGAGAAACCAACUACUUGAAAAUCGAAAAAUUCAGAGCAUACAGUCGAUUAGAAUUAAGAUUUAAAAAAAAUAUUAAUUUAGGAAAGGAAAAAAUUUCAUAUGUAUCAGGAGGUUUGUAUCACGUAUUUGAAGAAUUUAAGGAACUUUUAAAAAAUAAAAAUUAUACCGGAAAAACCAACCCUGAUACUGUUCCUGAAGUUACCAAUGCAUUCGAACAAUAUAAAGAAUUGCUUCCAAAGGGAGUAACAGCUUCAGCUUCACCUGCUGCAGCUACAACACCCACAUCAGCUGACGCAGCAACACAACGAGCAACACCAGAAUCGAGAUCAGGAUCAGGAUCGGGAUCAGGAUCAGUAGUAUCAUCGACACCAGAAGAAGUAGCAAGAUCAGGAUCAGGAGAAAAUGCAGUGGUAAGUGGAAGCAGUGUUGAUGAUAAUGAUGACGAUGAUAUAGAUCAAAUUGCAAGUGGUCAAUCCGAAAAUGCACAAGAAAAAAAUAUUCUUGAGGCAUUUAAAAAUGAAAGUGAGUAUUUAUACGCAAGAAGCUUAGGUAUUACAUAUAAAUCAUUAAAGAAACACAUGAUAAGAGAAUUUUCAACAAUUAAAGAAGACAUGACAACUGGAUUAAAUAAUAAAUUACAAAAAAGAAAUGAUUUCCUUGAAGUAUUAAAUCAUGAAUUGGAUCUAUUCAAAGAUUUAAGUACCAACAAAUAUGUUAUUAGAAACCCAUACCAAUUAUUAGAUAAUGAUAAAAAAGACAAACAAAUAGUAAAUUUAAAAUAUGCUGCUAAAGGUGUAAAUGAAGAUAUAGAAACAACUGCUGACGGAAUUAAAUUCUUUAACAAAAUGAUUGAAUUAUACAAAAUUCAAUUAGCUGCAGUAAAAGAACAAAUUGAUGCCAUAGAAGCUGCUACUACCGAUAAAGAUGAAAAAAAGAAAUAUGUUCCAAUCUUUGAAGAUCUUAAAGGAUUAUAUGAAACCAUAUUAGGUCAAUCAGAAGAAUAUAUAGAAGUAUUACAAAAUAGACUUGAUAGUUAUAAAAAUGAAAAGACUGAAUUUGAAAUUUUAACGAAAAAUUUAGAAACAUACAUAAAAAUUGACGAAAAACUUGAAAAUUUCGUAGAAAAUGCAGAAAAUAAUAAACACAUAGCCUCAAUAGCUUUAAAUAACUUAAAUAAAUCUGGUUUGGUAGGAGAAGGCGAAUCGAAAAAAAUAUUAGCAAAAAUGCUUAAUAUGGAUAGCAUGGAUUUAUUAGGUAUAGACCCUAAGCAUGUAUGUAUUAAUACAAGAGAUAUUCCUGCAAAUGCUGGAUGUUUUAGAUAUGAUAAUGGUAAUGAAGAAUGGAGAUGUUUAUUAGGUUACAAAAAAAAUAAUAAUACAUGUAUAGAAGAUAGCAAUCCUACUUGUGGAAACAACAAUGGUGGAUGUGAUCCAACUGCUGGUUGUCAAACUGCGGAAAAUAGGGAAAAUUCCAAAAAAAUUAUAUGUACUUGUAAAGAACCAACCCCUAAUGCAUAUUAUGAUGGUGUAUUCUGUAGCUCUUCCAGCUUUAUGGGAUUGUCAAUUUUAUUAAUUAUCACAUUAAUUGUAUUUAAUAUAUUUUAA